CAUCCCAGAAGACCAGCAACCGCUGCUUCUCUUCUUUAUUAUCUCUCGGCAGGAAGAACGGUUUAUUCUCUGUCAUGCAAUAAAAACCUUACCGGAAAAACGUGACUUUCUACCUCCUUCCCUGCUUCCCUCCUUCCCUCCUGCUCCGGUGACCGGAGAAUUGAGAGCUGUCAUUCAUAGAAGAAUCUACCUAAUACACUUGCAUCACAGUUCUAAAAACUCCAGCCUUGUUAGCAAAACUCCAUUUUUCUUCUGUCUUAUGACAAUUCACUUUGAAGCUCACCUUUCUGGUCAAAAUACAUGCUUUUGUUAAGGUUUUGAUUUCUUGUUCAUGGAUCUUGAGGGCGGGACUCACAUGAACAGCUUUAAGAGAGAAUCAUGGCGGACGGUUCUCACGCUCGCGUACCAGAGCCUCGGCGUGGUUUAUGGCGACCUGAGCACUUCGCCUCUUUACGUCUACAAGAGCACCUUCGCGGAAGAUAUUAAGCAUUCUGAGACCAACGAAGAGAUCUAUGGUGUUCUCUCCUUCGUUUUUUGGACUCUGACUCUCAUUCCUCUGCUUAAAUACGUCUUCAUAGUCCUCCGAGCUAACGACAAUGGCGAAGGAGGGACCUUUGCUCUCUACUCUCUUCUCUGCCGACACGCACGUGUUGGGUUUAUUCCGAAUGGGCAGCUCGCAGACGAGGAGUUGUCGGCCUACAAAAAGACUGACAGUUUGAGCCGCAGCGGAGAAGGUUCGAUUGUUGGAGAGGCCGGUUAUGGCGGCCGUUCGGAGAUGGCUCCGGCGAAAGUGAAGAGAUUGCUGGAGCAGCACCAGGUUCUUCAGCGACUUCUGCUGAUUCUUGCUCUGAUUGGGACUUGCAUGGUUAUUGGUGAUGGUGUGCUUACUCCUGCACUAUCUGUAUUCUCUGCCGUCUCUGGGCUGGAACUUUCCAUGGCUAAGGAGCAUCAUAAAUAUGUUGAGGUUCCUAUUGCAUGUAUCAUAUUGAUUUGCUUGUUCGCGCUGCAACAUUUUGGUACCCACCGAGUAGGAUUCCUAUUUGCACCGAUUGUUAUAACAUGGCUCUUAUGCAUCAGUAUGAUCGGUAUCUAUAACAUCGUCCAUUGGAAUCCAAAUAUUUAUCAAGCGUUGUGUCCUUAUUAUAUGUACAAGUUUUUGAAGAAGACACAGAAGGGAGGAUGGAUGUCCUUGGGUGGAAUUCUGUUAUGCAUUACAGGUUCUGAGGCAAUGUUUGCAGAUUUGGGACAUUUCUCUCAGUUAUCUAUAAGGAUUGCUUUUACCUUUGUUGUUUACCCAUCAUUGAUUCUAGCUUAUAUGGGACAAGCUGCAUAUCUAUCCCAACACCAUAUCAUCGAAACUAAUUAUCGAAUUGGAUUCUACGUAUCCGUUCCAGAGAAAUUAAGGUGGCCUGUUCUGGGUAUAGCCAUACUUGCUGCUGUGGUAGGAAGCCAAGCUGUUAUCACUGGUACCUUUUCAAUAAUUAAACAAUGUUCUGCUUUGGGAUGCUUUCCUAGAGUGAAGAUAAUACACACAUCGCCCAAAUUCAUUGGCCAAGUAUACAUCCCGGAUAUCAACUGGAUUUUGAUGAUAUUAUGUUUGGCCGUUACUAUCGGUUUCAGAGACACGAAGCGCAUGGGAAAUGCCUCGGGGCUGGCGAUAAUAACUGUCAUGCUCGUCACCACCUGCCUGAUGUCUCUAGUAAUUGUUCUCUGCUGGCGGCGGAGCAUUGCCUUUGCCUUAUGCUUCAUCUUCUUCUUCGGCUCGAUCGAGGCCCUUUACUUCUCCGCUUCCCUUAUUAAGUUUCUCGAGGGAGCUUGGGUGCCCAUCAUCCUCUCAUUUGUGUUUAUGAUCAUCAUGUACGUGUGGCACUAUGGUACCCUCAAGAAGUACGAGUUCGAUCUCCAGAACAAGGUCUCGAUCAAUUGGCUCCUUCGGCUUGGGUCCACUCUCGGGCUUGCGCGUGUUCGAGGCAUCGGUCUUAUUCAUACCGAGCUAGUUUCUGGCAUUCCGGCUAUAUUCUCACACUUUGUCACCAACCUCCCCGCAUUCCAUGAGGUCGUCGUCUUCCUCUGCAUCAAAUCCGUGCCGGUCCCCCAUGUUCAACCAGAAGAGAGGUUCUUGGUCGGCCGGAUUGGCCCGAAAGAAUACCACAUCUACCGUUGCAUUGCUCGCUAUGGCUAUCAUGACAUCCACAAAGAUGACAUCGAGUUCGAAAAGGACCUUAUGUGCAGCAUAGCCAGCUUCAUCCAGUCCAGUACUUCGACUGAGCUCAACAGUCUCUUGGAAGAAGAAUCUUCCAAGGAGGAUGAGAAAAUGACGGUGGUCGGAACCGGACAUUGGCUUCAUGAGGUUCAGGAGAAGAGAGGGGUGGAUGAGAACGAGAACUCCGAUGAACCAUCAAAGCAUCGAGAAAUACAGUCGCCGAUGAUUGUGAGGAAGAAGGUGAGGUUUGUGCUGCCUGAGAGCCCGAAGAUGGACUCGACGGUGCGAGAUGAGCUUCGAGAUUUGAUGGAAGCGAGGGAGUCUGGCAUGGCCUUCAUCAUGGCAAACUCUUGCAUGAGGGCAAAGGGUGGUUCUAGUUUCAUGAAGAAGCUUGCUCUUAAUUUGUAUGAUUUCUUGAGGAGGAACUCUAGGGGGCCAUCUUAUGCUGUAAAUAUACCACAUGCUUCCACCCUUGAGGUUGGAAUGAGCUAUGUUGUAUGAAUAGCUGUUAAUUAGCGGCCAUGGUUUUUAAUCUUUUUUGUUUAUUGAUUUUUCUUACAUUUUUUGUGUAUAAUUAUCAGUUUU